AUGCAGUUCAACGAGCACCUCAGCGGGCCCCCAGCUGGCAGUGCCAAGGAUGACACGGCAUACUGGCAGGCUUUCGUAAACCAAUUCUUCUCGCAACAGGCAACGUUCCGGUUAAUACCCCUCAAGACAGAACCAAUCGACUGUGGCGAUGGCUCGAAACACCACGACCUGCCGCAAUUUGACAUCCCUCAAGUCGCAUUGGCGCGUUUCUUCCAGCUCAGCUUCGAGGGUGGUAUUCGCAGCAUGACACUAACUCUGGGCAAGGGCACUGUUGACAAGGGCCUCCCCGGCAACGGACACUACAUUGAGAAUGGCAAGUCAUCGUUCAUCCAGUGGAUGGACGACUCCCAUGUCGUCUGGCACGGCAGCUUGCGCGUGCACUUCGACGGUGAACAGAAAUUUCAACUUUUCGAGUUCAACAUUACGAGUCACGACGAGUUCCUCGCCCAUGCCUCUGUCCUUGAGGCGGCCAAGCCGUCUCACGAAUGGGGCAAGCAGUGGAAGAACCUGAAUGACCCUGCUCCCGGGGCCAAAUCUCCCGAGAUGAGCAAGAAACCGAAACCCAAGACGAUGAAGUCUCCUCCCGGGCCGCCACCCGACAUUGCGCUGUCGGAAACCAUCAUCACACGCCAAGGAGUGCCCAAGGGCGUGUCCCCGUUUUUGGAGAUGUGUGAGGUUAUGGGGUACAUGACCCCCUUGUUCCACCAAACGCAAGCAAACCCGGGUGUCGGCCCAUAUGCGGCGCUCGAGCAAUACGUCAACACCGUCAUUUCUGCCAGCGGUCAGGUAGCCAUGGCGAAUGGCCAGGGCAACAUCCCCCAGCAGCCCCGGACACCAAGCUUUGGUCAAUUCGGUAUGGGGGCCUCGCCAGCUGCGGCGCACAUGGCCCUCCCAGGGUCGCCGCACAUCGCGAACACUGGUAGCCCGGCUCAAGGUCAGAUGCAGGCUCCUGCCAUGCAGCUGCAAGCCAGUCAACAGGGCACGAGCUCUAGCGGACCAAGCGCCAACACGAGCCCUGCCAGCAACAAGCGGAGGCGGCCGUCCGGGGUCAAGACAGAGGACGACGGCGGCAAUGCGAUAGCUGCCGGAGGCCAAGUCAAUGGCAUGGGAGUUGCGAAAAAGCCUGCGACGCCACGCAUGGCGAAGCGCGCCAAGGGCAACCCCGCUUAG